UUAGCUCGUUCUUUCCAGCUGUUUACCCCAGCAAGACUUCGACUUGGACUUAAAAAACAGUAUUUCGAUACAACUUUCCUAGUUUUGUAGGUUAAAGAAUAAUGUCUUCACCUCCUGAAGAGCAAGAACUAAAGGGUGGUCACCCUCCUGCAGUUAAAGCUGGAGGUAUGAGAAUUGCUUCCAAGCAUCACCACACAAGUCAACCACCACCUGAAACUCCAGAGGAGAAGGCGGAAAAUGAAGAAUUUGCUGAGCCAAAGGAAAGGGACAACACCAAGCUGGUAGUUUCAGGAGUAAUAGCCAAGGGGAAUGCAGAUUUCACCCCGGAAGCUGCAAAAGUGGCACAUGUAAAACCAGUGCCGCAACAUGAAAAAAGGCCACCAGGUGCAGGCGGAAAGGGAGCUAAUAUAUCAAUUCAACAACCAAGAAAAAAUUGAGUUCAGAUAGUUAGAUUGAUCACAGUAUAUUUACUCAUUAAAAAAUUUUGUUUGUUUUAUUCUGAUUUUGAGUUCUUAGGAUGUGAUGAUUAAAAUGUGAUUCAAAUAUAAAACUUUCCCUAAAUAUUCCAAAAUAUAUCACAAAUAUUUAUGCUAAACAGAGUGAAGUUCUUAUUGCGAUUUUUUUUAGUUGAUAGUACUGUUUCUAGUAAAUCGAGGGCACCUUUCAAAAAAUAUCAUCAGUUUAAAAAUGUAACAUCCACACUGAAAUGUGUAAAAUUUCUUUAGCUUUUACAUGGAACUUUUAAAAAUAGACACCAACCCCUAAAUGCACCUGUAUUAUCAUCCCUAGAGAUUAAUCCCCAGAAUAGUGUGUUUCAUAAAAUGUUCUUUGUUUAGGAAUCAAAAGAUACAAUAUUAAUAAGUGUAGAGUACUGUAUUAAAGUCCUACUUCAUUUGUUAUGAUCUGUAUUGAUCUGUCUUUAAAAAUAAAAAGUUACAUAGUAAA